AUGCGCCGCUGGGGAAUGUCGUUUGAGCUUGAUGAUGGCCCCCUGAGCGAAAAGUGGACAGCCUUUCUCAGCAGGGUUAAUGCACCAAUGGGAACAUUUCCAGGGGCGGCCACUCUUUUCCAUCAUGCCCAAGACGUGCUCUGCACAUCGUGCACAACGCUUUUGAUUGCUGCAACGGAAAUAUUAUCACCACAGCUGGCCGUGGAUAUGACGAGGCAGAGGUGCAAGGCUGUGGGACCCUUCAAGCGAGAUGUUUCGAAACACCCUAUCGAGUCGCGGAAAUUGAAGCGCCUCUGUUGCUUCACCUGGCGCCGACUUUCGGCCGGCUUCUUUGAUUCGCCGAAUUGGGUUCAGAUUUGGCUCUCGGGUGUGCUGGAAAAUCAGUCGAUCCGGUCGAUCCAGACAGAGCCUCAGUCGGCGCUCGACGACACUGGUCUGAGCACGCAAACUGAAUAUCUCCCGGGCGGGCCCCUCGAAGUCGCUGUGGGAGAGGCAACACCUGAACAGCAGCUGCAGUGCUGCAGGCUCGCCGGAUCAGCUUUCGCUGCACCUUUAUCCCAGGACCAGUAUGUAGAACUGGAGUACUACCUCGGCAGUCUCCCGCUCGCUGUUGACGGAGGGAGACGCUACUGGUGCCUUUUCCCGACGAAUGAUCCCGACUGCAUCCUCGCGACGUGUAAGACGCUCCACAGAUUCUUGCUCGUCAAAGACGGUCAGACCGCCUUGCGCCAGCAGGAUGGCUACUGCAUAGCCAGCGUCAUCACAAACUCAGAGUACAGGAACGCUGGCCUCGCGUCUGUCUUGAUGAGCCAUGUGGCAGAGUGGAUGGAUGGGCCUGGAGCAGGCACAGCAAGUAUGCUGUACACCAGCAUUGGAGACUUUUACGCCAAAAGAGGCUGGGGCCCGCUUCCUGCUUUUGAGUCUAUCUUGACGCUUGCGUCCAAUUCCACUUUGAACAGGCGAUCGAGCACGUCCGGAACCCGUUUCUUGACUUCUGGAGACAUGAUAACUCUUUGUGAAAGGGAUGUAGAAAGCGUGACAAAAGAGACGCAGAAGACGCAGGUCUCCAAGGACCAAAUUCUUGCAGCCGUUGCCCCUUCCGCGGACCUCAUUACCUUACUGCAAGAAAGAGCUAGCUUCAUGGCCUCCAAACAAGGAAAGGUGACCGAAAAUCGCGGCGCGAUCAGCAGGUCCGAAGAAUCAUGGAUAUAUUGGUACCAUGAUUUCAGAAAGCACCAGUUAGCUGUGCUGAGAAUCCAUCUCCCUGAAGCGUCGAGUCAAGAACAGGCCGAGCAGGUGGCCUCUCUACUACUAGACGCUUUAGAAGAGGCUUUGGCAUGGUCAUUACCCAAAGUGACCGUGUGGGAUGCAAACUCAGCCGUCCUCCAGGCGCUGAAAAUUCUGAAGGACGAGUAUGGGGUGAAGGUGGCAAGCGGGCAGCGAGAUCGAAGAAGCAUUCCAUCACUGAGGUGGAAAGGUGGUGAUGAGUCAAAGAGGAUCACGUUGCAUUGCAACGAAUUUUACGCGUGGAGCUGA